AUGCUUAAAAUUGGAUUUUCGUUAAAUCAUCGUCUUUCCUCUAUUCGCAUACCAAUACGAACUGGUCGUUUUAUGCGCCCCGGAUCAUUCUACGUUCCAUUCUCGGAGCGCUUUGAUGAAGAAAGUAACGUAAGACCCCUACCGCAUCCUGAAACUCCUAAAUUUCGAGAUGAGUUGCCUCCUGCCGUCUCACCCAAAAUCGCCGAUAAACGACCAGUUCGUUUUGUAUGCGAACCUAAUAAAAUAUACUGGUGGUGUUCUUGUGGUCAGAGUAAAGAACAGCCAUUUUGUGAUGGCCAUCAUGCUCGAUUUGUUCAAAAAUGGCCGUCUCGUAAUCAAAAGCCAAUGUUCAAGCCUAUUAAAGUCGUUUUCCAAAAAAAAACGGAGGUUUGGCUGUGUACUUGCAAGUUGACCGGUUCAGCCCCAUUCUGUGACGGAAGCCAUAACUGUGAAACUGUUCAAGAGGCUAUUAAAUUCUAA